UGCAAAACAACAUCAUUAGAUGCGAAGGCGACGCCUACAUCAACAACGGCAACAGGUGGAUCAAGGUGACCGCUGUUAGGUUGACUGGGUUCUCUCUGAACCUAAGCCCAAAGAGCCACCUGCGCCAGUCAGGGGGACAGAGCACAGUGAUGCCGAAUGGCAGAAAAAGGAAAGGGACUAUGCUCCCUUAAAGAUGUCUUAUGACUUAGAAAGAAAAAAGUGGGGAAAUGCCAACAAGAAAUGUAUGGCAUUCCUAAAGAACACGAUUGAGCCUGCAAUAGUGGGCUCAAUCGUAGAGUGUGACUCCGCCAAAGGGUACCUUGAGAGAAUACAGAGCCAGCUCACUGAUUCUUCAAAGACUUAUGCAACCAUGCUAAUAAAACAGCUGGUCACAGAAAGGUACCAUGGUGGAAACAUAGGCAUAAUAGAGCACAUACUAAGGAUGAGCAACAUGAAUGCUAAGCUCAAACCUAUGGAGUUGGAUCUUCCAGAGAAGUUCCUUGUCCAUCUGGUUUUUGCUUCCCUACCAGACCAGUUUGAGACUUUUGUCGUUAAUUACGACAUGCAGCCUGAAAACUGGGAUAUGGAAAAGACAAUUGCUAUGUGUGUGCAAGAGGAAGACAGAAUCAAAAGUCAGCAUGGAGGUUCAGUGAACUAUGUUCAUCAGAGCAAAAAGAAAAAGACCUUCCAUGCUGCCUCUCCAUCAAAGUCAAAAGACAAAGGACCCAUGCAGUAUCAGCAUCAGCAAAAGAAGUAUCCUCCAAAGGAAGGUGACGAGUGCUUUCAUUAUCAUGAGAAGGAGCACUACAAGGGGGAUUGUCCUAUCUUCUUAAAGUCAAUCAUGGCAAACAAAGGGAUUUCGUUCGACAAGGACUACGCUAAGAAGCGAAAGACACAUUAAAGUUGCGAACGGAGUACAAGCAGAAGUUGAAGCUAUUGGCGAUGUCUCCCUCGAGCUAGUUAAUGGCAUUAUGCUUGUAUUGAGAGAUGUUUUCUUUGUUCCUUCGCUUCAUAGAAACUUGAUUAGUGUGUCACGUCUAGACAAAGAUGGUUAUGGUUGUCAUUUUGAGAAUGGCAAAUGUGAACUAUGGUUUGAUAAUAAUUGUGUUGGUGAUGCUUUC